UAAAGACCUUUUCAACGCACCGAUGCUUUUUGCUUCCUCCCCAAAGCAAGCAAACCUCCAUACCGUAAUCACAGUGACAGGCACCAUCAGUCUCUCUCCCCGCUCCCGAUUGGGUCAGUCAAAUACGCAAGGAGGUGGUGGUCAAUACCAAGAUCAGAUUCAGAGCGAGCUGAGGGAGAAAGGCAUCGUCAUCGAUCGAUCGAAGGUGGAUCAUCGGAGGCAUGACAGUGGCAGCAAGCGAACCCUGCCUGAGCCUGACGGCGAGGAGGCGGCGGCGGCGGCGGCUCAAUCGUCGGCGUCGCGGUCGCUGGGCUCGAGCCAAGAGCGCUACUUCCCGCGACGGCGGCAGCAGCAGAUAGAGCUCGGAGGGAGUGGUGGUGGUGGUCACGAUCACGAUGACCGCUACUACUCGCCUGCGGCUGUGCCGGCACCGGGACGGUACCAUGAGCAGGCCGAACAGCAAGGUGCUGUGUACAGCUCCACCACCAUGGCGUACUACGACGACGUGGGCACGCACUCCGCCUCCUCAUCGCUUCAGCCGGGCGACAGCGCCGCCGCCGCCGUGCCGGUGGCCACUGAGUCUCCUCAUCAGCGGCUUCCGCUGGAAGCCGGGUCUGCUGGUUGUUCCUCCGCGGUUGGGCAAGCCGUGGAGGUGCAAGAAGAUGCAGGUACUCUGACCACGACGAUGAGGCACUACCGUGGCGUCCGUCGGCGACCAUGGGGCAAGUGGGCGGCGGAGAUCCGCGACCCCGCCAAAGCGGCGCGCGUCUGGCUGGGCACCUUCGACACAGCGGAGGCCGCCGCGGCUGCCUACGACCGCGCCGCGCUCCAGUUCAAGGGCGCCAAGGCAAAACUCAACUUCCCCGAACGCGUCCGGGGACGCACCGGCCAGGGCGCCUUCCUCGUAUCCCCCGGCAUCCCCCAGCCGCCGCCAGUAUCAGCUCCGUUGUUGCCACCGUCUCCGGUGCCGUUCCCCGACCUGAUGCGGUACGCGCAGUUGCUUCACAGCGGCAACGUAGCCGCCGCCUCCGCCAGCACCGCCCAUGACCUCGCGCCGUCGUCGCAGCAAUCGCCGGUGCAGAUUCUGGACUUCUCUACGCGCCGACUCCUCCUGCGUGGCUCACCGCCUGCAACGUUCGGCCGACCGUCGAUGGCGUCCUCCACCGCGGCUUCUUCUACCAGUAUGCCGGUGCCUCACGUCGAGGACAAGGAUAGCGGAGCAGGCGAGGAGGGUGGCACUGCUCCGCCUGACUGAUUUAUUAAUUUUGCCAAGCAUGCAUGUCUGCCUGCCUGCCCUAACUGCUGACCAUGAUGCAAGCUUGGUUCUUGAUUUAUGGUCGCAUUUGGUAGGGACUCAAAAUAGACUGUUUUUUUCUC